ACUUGCCCCAGUUUCUCUAUUCGCAUAUCCCAGACAUAUCUUCUUCUUCUUUUCUUUUCUUUCUUUCCUCUCUACAUAUAUCUAUAAGCUAUAAUUCCUAGCUGAGAAAUGGGACCUUUCUCUACGAGAAGAAACAAGCUAGCACUCAUUGUUUUAGCAGGAAUAUUUCUUGCUGGAAUCAUGCCGGAGUCUGUAGUAGUGGCCCAGAACUGUGGCUGCCCUUCAGACCAGUGUUGUAGCAGGUGGGGGUUUUGCGGCACCACUGAGGAGUACUGUGGCACAGGGUGUCAGGAGGGUCCUUGUAUUGCUGCUCCUCCGACAAAUGAUGUAUCAGUAGCUGAUAUUGUUACAGAUGAAUUUUUCAAUGGUAUAAUUGCUCAGGCAGAUGAUAGUUGCGUUGGGAAGAGCUUCUAUUCGCGUGCUGUGUUUCUGGAAGCCCUGGAAUCGUACCCUCGGUUUGGUAGAGUUGGUUCUGUUGAUGAUUCCAGGCGUGAGAUUGCUGCUUUCUUUGCUCAUGUUACCCAUGAGACUGGACACUUUUGCUUCAUAGAAGAGAUAAAUGGUGCAUCAAGGGACUACUGUGACGAGGAUAACACACAAUACCCAUGCAACCCUGACAAAGGUUACUACGGGAGAGGACCCAUUCAACUGUCGUGGAACUUCAACUACGGACCUGCAGGAGAAAGCAUAGGGUUUGAUGGACUGAACGCUCCUGAAACUGUAGCCAACGACCCCCUAAUCUCAUUCAAGACCGCACUUUGGUAUUGGGAGAACAACGUCCAACCGGUCAUCGGCCAAGGGUUCGGAGCCACCAUUAGAGCUAUUAAUGGUGCUCUUGAGUGUGAUGGUGGGAACCCUGCCACUGUUCAAGCUCGUGUACAAUAUUACACCGACUAUUGCAACCAACUUGGGGUAGCUCCCGGAGAUAAUUUAACUUGCUAGUUGAAGUUUAUGGUUUAUUAUCUGCUCCAUUUUAUACCCCAACCAAUAAAUGGUGGAACCCAGUCCUAGUGUUUUCAUUGGACAAAUAUACUUUCUUUUUUCUUUCUUUAACCGAAUGAUUACCAUUUACUUUAAUCAAUUAAUAAUGCUAUAUACCUCACCUUGAUUGUAUCAAUAUUUAUCCACCUGAAAUAAUAUAUUAGAAUAUUAUUAUUA